AACAAUAAAUAAUCAAUAUUAAAAUAAUGGCCUAUAAAUAUAGUAUUAAUAAUAAUAUUAAAAAUAAUAAUAGGUUAUAGACCUAGAGCUUAAAAUAAAAUGUUCUAGAUCUAGAAUUUAAAUCUUAUAAAGUUGUUUUAUAUAACUUUAUGAUCAAGUUACUGCAAAGCUUAAAAGCUAGGCCUUCCUUGUCCCUUUUUAGAAGUCUGACGUCAUUUACAUUUUAGAAUCUAGAAAUCUAAUCUAGAUCUAGAUCUAGAUCUAGUAUUUACAUUUAGAAAUCUACUACAAAUUACUGAAAUUAGGCUUACAAUUUUCUUUUACACGAGUCAAUACAGUAAUACAGUCACGGUGAAUUUUAGGCUAAUUUUAUACAUUUGUUGUAGAAUACAAAAUAAAUUAUAAAUAAAGGCCAUAUUCAUAUCUAGACUCUAUUCAAGUAAUAUUUUGAAGUAUAUUCUAGACUCCUAGAGUAGUAACAAACAGUAACAGUACUCUUAACUCUAAGUUACUGUGCAGAGUAUUGGUGUAAGACUGUAAGUGUAAGACAGUGUGAGUGUAGUACUGUAGAGUAAGUAAGACACUUGUUUAAACUUAAACUACUUAAAGUGUAGUCAAGUCAGUAGUCAAGAGACCUGUUCACAAAAUGCAACAACAGGAGAUGGAGAGCAGUGGAGAGGGAUUAAUGAUCUAGAAUUAUUAUCUAGAAUCUUUUCUCAGUCACAAGUUUAGUAAUAACUUCAAUAAGGUGCUGAAAAGAAUCUUCCUUGAAGUCUAGUAGAUGCAUCUCAACAUUGGAGAUUACGUUAAAGUCAUCUAUGAUUUUGUUGCUGAAGCUGUGACAGACCUCUCUAUACAUUGUGGUGAUAUUGUCCAGAUUACAGGUAUACUAGAUGAGAACUGGGCUUUAGGGGAAAAAAUUGCUCAGGAAAAUUGCAGAGGAAAUUUUCCCCAACUUUUUGUGGAACCUUUGAUACUUCCUACUGUUCUCACAGGCCAGAAAAUCUUCUUGGCUCUUGAGGAUUUCCCUGCUGAACAAGAUGAAGAUUUAGAUAUCAGUAAAGGUGAUAUCAUUGUUGGCCUUGAGCCAAUUGAUGAGGACUGGUGGAGAGGGAAGAACGGGCCUCUGAAAGGGAUUUUCCCCUUAAGUUUUGUUGUGGAGCUAAGCAGUAACCCUUCAAGCAGUAACCCUUCAAGCAGUAACCCUUCAAGCAGUAACCCUUCAAGCAGUAACCCUUCAAGCAGUAACCCUUCAAGCAGUAACCCUUCAAGCAGUAACCCUUCAAGCAGUAACCCUUCAAGCAGUAACCCUUCAAGUGUCCCUGUGGCCCAUCUGGCCAGAGCUCUCUAUGAUGUCAUCCCCCAGCUGGAUGGGGAGCUGGCCUUGAAGACAGGAGAUGUCCUUGAGGUGACUCAGUCCAUUGACUCUGACUGGUUCUAUGGGCGCCUGGCAGGCAGGGAGGGGCUUGUUUCAGCAGUCUGUGUAGAGAUUCUACCUGCAGCCACUUUUUCUUAUACCAGUGAAAACACACGCUCACAUGAUACAGAGAUCACACCUUAUACCAGUGAAAACACACGCUCACAUGAUACAGAGAUCACACCUUAUACCAGUGAAAACACACGCUCACAUGAUACAGAGAUCACACCUUAUACCAGUGAAAACACACGCUCACAUGAUACAGAGAUCACACCUUAUACCAGUGAAAACACACGCUCACAUGAUACAGAGAUCACACCUUAUGGCAGAGUUAUCUACCCAUUUGGUGCCCGGCAUGCAGGUGAAUUGUCUUUAAGAGAGUUUGAGCUGGUCAACUUGAUCCAGCAUGUUGACCAGGACUGGAUGCUGGGAGAAGUGGAUGGACACCAGGGUUUGUUUCCUACGGCCUUUGUUGAUAUCAUUGUGGACUGUCCAGACACACACAACUUACACACACAGCCCCACACACACAACUUACACACACAGCCCCACACACACAACUUACACACACAGCCCCACACACACAACUUACACCCACAGUCCCACACACACAACUUACACCCACAGUCCCACACACACAACUUACACCCACAGUCCCACACACACAACUUACACCCACAGUCCCACACACACAACUUACACCCACAGUCCCACACACACAACUUACACACACAGCCCCACGUGGGCUGGAUGGCUGGCCAUGACCUUGGUCUGGUCCUCCAUGAUUUCACUGCUCAACUAGAAGGAGAUGUCAGUGUGUCAGAAGGGGAGACCAUAGAGGUGCUCCAACAGCUGGACGCCAACUGGCUGGACAUCAGGACUGAGACAGGAGACAGAGGGAUCAUUCCUAGAAACCACAUCCAGUUGAUCGGUGCUUGGCCACCUGAUUCACCAGCCAACCUGUCACUACAACCAGCCAACCCGUCACUACAACCAGCCAACCCAUCAUUACAACCAGCCAACCCAUCAUUACAACCAGCCAACCCGUCACUACAACCAGCCAACCCAUCAGUACAACCAGCCAACCCAUCAUUACAACCAGCCAACCCGUCACUACAACCAGCCAACCCAUCAGUACAACCAGCCAACCCAUCAUUACAACCAGCCAACCCGUCACUACAACCAGCCAUCCUGUUAGUAGAACAAAGUUAUGAAAGCACUGGCUUGAAAAAGCCCCCAUCUCUGGUCCAGCCCGGCCCAAAACCCAGCAUCGCACCAAAACCAACCCUUUCUAAAUCUUGGGUCAGGGGUCCGACCCAGAAUACAGUCCAUACACCAAAAGCGAACAAAUCCCAUGAGCCAAAAAAUAUUGAUACUAAUGGCUGUAUAGGUUUGAGUAAGGUGCGCUCCAUAGACAAAGCUUUUGUCAACAGUGCUUUCCAGAUGGAUGAAGGUCAGAUGGUCAAACCUCAUGUGGAUGAAGGUCAGAUGGUCAAACCUCAUGUGGAUGAAGGUCAGAUGGUCAAACCUCAUGUGGAUGAAGGUCAGAUGGUCAAACCUCAUGUGGAUGAAGGUCAGAUGGUCAAACCUCAUGUGGAUGAAGGUCAGAUGGUCAAACCUCAUGUGGAUGAAGGUCAGAUGGUCAAACCUCAUGUGGAUGAAGGUCAGAUGGUCAAACCUCAUGUGGAUGAAGGUCAGAUGGUCAAACCUCAUGUGGAUGAAGGUCAGAUGGUCAAACCUCAUGUGGAUGAAGGUCAGAUGGUCAAACCUCAUGUGGAUGAAGGUCAGAUGGUCAAACCUCAUGUGGAUGAAGGUCAGAUGGUCAAACCUCAUCCACCCCAUCGUCCUCCACCCCGUCGUCCCCCACCCCAUCGCCCCCCACCUCAUGCACUUGAGUUGGUAGAGAAGUUUUCCACUGUACCAAGAUUACCUUCAGGGAGAGACCCAAGACUAGCUUCAUGUACUGAACCAAGGCCAGCCACAGGUAAACUUGUCCCUAAGAGACCUGCACCCAGAGCACCAGAGUCUCGUCCAAGACCUGUGUCUUUGCCAAGCCCAUUAGAAGUAGGAGACCUGAUUAGGUUGAGUCCCACAGAUGUAAAAAGUCCAAGAGAAGAAGACCAGCAGAGAGCAACUAACAAGAGUGGUCACCAACUUAUGUUUGAUCUACAAAAAAGCCAAGAAUGUACUGGCACUUGUGAAGAUAGCCUUGACCUUGGGACCAACAAUUUAAAUGGAUUCCAUGAAGAACAUCAGUUAAAAGAAACUCUGCUGUCCCUGGUGUCCAAUGAGAGUAGACUUGAACAAGCCAGACUACUGGCAGCUCAACAAGAGGGGGAGGGUGAGAGGAGGAGGGAGGAGGAGAGAAAAAAGAAAGAAGAAGAUACAGAAAGGAAAAGAGAACAGAGAAAGAAAGUGAUUGAUGAAAUUGUAGAGACAGAGAAAGAUUACCUGCAUAGUCUUCAUCUGUGUCUGGAGAUAUUUCUUGAAGAAAAGAAAGCACCAGCAGGAAUGGACCUGAACCUUGUGUUAGGAAAUAUGGAAGAAAUAGCAGACGUCAGCCAGAAGUUGUUGGCUAACCUGGAGAGCUGUGUUUCAGGAAAAGACUUUGCUGAACAAUGUCUAGGACCAUGUUUUACCUUUUAUGCUGAAGACAUGAAAAAUACCUACGCUCCUUACUGUCGCAAUCACGAUGAAGUGCUAACAAUGAUGGAGCGCUACAACCAGCAGCCAGAGAUGAGGGAAUACUUUCAGGACAAGUUGGAGCAGAUGAGGGAGCACACCAACGUCUUCGACAUUUCUGGGGUACUCAUCAAACCAGUGCAGCGCAUAUUAAAAUAUCCUUUAUUGCUGAAUGAAUUGUUGAAGAACACAGAAGAUGGCCACUGUGAUCACCAGGAACUAGAGACAGCAAUCAAGGCCAUGACAGAUGUGGCCAAGGCUAUCAAUGAGUACAAGAGACGCAAAGACUUAGUAUACAAAUAUAAAAAGUUGAAUGAUGAGACACUAGGGGACAAAAUCUCCAAGCUGACCUUCCAUUCUAUCAAGAAAAAGUCCUCAAGGAUCAGAGGUCGAUUAAGUACAAAUUUUGGGAUUUCUUUACAGAUGAAAGAUGAAAGAUUUGAAGAAGAAGAAGUCAAAUUUAGAAAUUUAGAAAAAGCAGUCAAAAUAUUUUUUCGAAGUGUACUACUGUUCUUGGACCAAAGUCAGGAAACGAUAAAGUGCCAGGAAUUGGUUGCCAUGGACAUCAAAGAAUUUUUUGCUGGAAAAGAUUCUCUAGAAGCCAAGAAACUCAGUGAAGUUGUCAAUAAAGUGGUGCAGCUAUACAGCCAAAUGAAAGAGAAGAUGAGGUUGAAUGUGGAAGAACCGCUGCAUGUCCUAGUUGGAUUAUUCAAUGCACCGGGUCAUGUGAUAGAGAAACGCUUUGAUAAACUACUGGACUACAAUCAUCAACUGGGCAAGGCAGAGAAUGACAAGGAACUUGUGCAGGCUAAACAUGAUUAUGAAGCCAUGAAUUGCCAACUUUUAGACGAGCUGCCCAAAUUUUACACUUUAGCAUUUCAGCUCUUCAAAUUUUGUCUGUCAGCCUUUGUUCUGGCCAGGAGGGACUUUAUGGACCAGUGCCUGAAAGAAAGCUGUUCACUUCUUGAGCUCCCAUCUAUGAAGAAGACCAACAUAAUGGAAGUAUUCAGCAUCAGGCACACAGCAGUCUUUGACCAAAUGUCUUUGUUGACAUUUAUCCCUCGAGGCUUCAAUCCAAGGGUGGAUACAAUCAAAGCAGAUAAAGCUAAGCUCAAGGGAAGACUGGAGGCACACAGCACUGUUAUACAGACCACGUCAAGUCCUGGAUGCCAGGCUGAGAGCCAGAUGAAUUAUUUACUCCACACCUACCCCGGGAGACUGUAUCAAGCCAGCUGUACCUACAAUGGGAUGGAUUUGAUGGACAUUGCCUUGACACAGGGAACCGUUGUGGGCGUUGUUAAAGACCUUGAUCCCAUGGGCAACAAGGAACGUUGGUUUGUGGAUGAUGGAGUGAACAAAGGCUUUGUACCAAGUCAUAUUUUGAGCCCCUACAGCCCAGACCCAUCAGGUCAAGAUGACCUCCAGACUAUGUUGGACCUAGAGCCCAGUGUUGUGCUGACAGGCAAUGAUGGUCGCGCCACAUUCCAUGCUGGACGAGAUGAGGCUUUUCAAGACUUUAAGUACUACUGUGCUCUAUACGACUUCACAUCACGUCAUCCCAAUGAAGCUUCACUCAAGGCAGGACACCCAGUCUCUGUGCUGGCCUUUAAAGAUCUUGAUGGCAACCCUGAAUGGUGGCUUGUUGAUUCUGCUGGUUGCCGUGGUUACGCACCAGCCAAUUACCUUGCUCCAAUGCCUGAUAUGGAAUAAUAUUGAACACUUUCACAAUUGAUUAUCUGCUUGAUUUUUUAAUUGUCUUGUUUAAACAGGUGAUGAAUGUAAUAAGGCCUCAUGAUGUAAGCAAUGAAACCAAUUACAGUCUCUAGAUUUGUACACUCUCAAUGUAUGCUCUACUUACAUUGUUCUCAAACUUUAGGAUUAAAGUCAAAAUAAUUUUAAGAGAUGAGUUAGUUUAAUCACCAAGUCUUGCCAAAUCACUUACAUUCAUUUAGAUAAAUAAUGUCAAAAAAAAAAUAAUCUUUAGAACAAUUUACACCUAAUUAUACAACAUUUUUACUAUGAACAUUGCAAUCUAAUAAUGUUUGAGUCAAUUAUUUUCCGUAUGGAUAUGUAUGUUAUUACUUUCUGUAUUUAAAAUGAACAUUGUAUUGAAUAAAAUACCAGCUACAAAACCUCUGACCAG